AUGGUGGCAGAGAAACCGUCUUUGGCUCAGUCGAUUGCUAAAAUUCUCUCUAAAGGAAGCUGUACGAGUCGGAAGGGGCUCAAUGGAGCGUGCUCGGUGCACGAGUACACGGGCAGCUUCCAAGGCCAAACAGUCCGCUUUAAGAUGACCUCAGUGUGUGGACAUGUGAUGAGUCUGGAUUUCAUUGGGAAAUACAACAACUGGGACAAAGUGGACCCUGCUGAACUCUUCAGCAAAGCUCCGACAGAGAAGAAGGAGGCGAAUCCCAAACUGGUCAUGGUGAAGUUUCUCCAGACUGAAGCCAGAGGCUGUGACUACGUGGUUCUGUGGUUGGACUGCGAUAAAGAAGGCGAGAACAUCUGUUUUGAGGUUCUGGAUGCGAUUCAGCCCGUGAUGAAUAAGGGGAUCAUCAGGGAACAGACGGUGUACCGAGCCAAGUUUAGCUCCAUAACAGACACGGACAUCCACAACGCCAUGAACUGCCUGAGAGAGCCCAACCGCAACGAGGCCCUGGCAGUGGACGCCCGCCAGGAGCUGGACCUCCGCAUAGGCUGCGCCUUCACCCGGUUCCAGACCAAAUAUUUCCAGGGGAAAUACGGCAAUCUGGACUCCUCUCUCAUCUCAUUCGGACCGUGCCAGACGCCCACUCUCGGUUUUUGCGUGGAACGGCACGACAAGAUCCAGUCCUUUAAACCAGAGACAUUUUGGGUUCUCCAGGCAAAGGUCUUCAGGGGGAAAGACAAUCCCCUGAGCCUGGACUGGAGCAGAGGGAGAGUGUUCGACAAGGAGGUGGGACAGAUGUUUGUGAAUCAGGUCAAGGCAUUCAAGGAGGCCCAGGUGGAGUCUGUGACUAAGAAAGAGAAGACCAAGCAGAGACCUCAGGCCCUGAACACUGUGGAGAUGCUGAGAGUUGCAAGCUCCUCGUUGGGCAUGGGUCCCCAGCAUUCCAUGCAGAUCGCGGAGCGGCUCUACACGCAGGGCUACAUCAGCUACCCCCGCACGGAGACCACCCACUACCCGGAGAACUUUGACCUGAAGGGAACGCUGAAGCAGCAGAUGAACAGCUCCAUCUUUGGAGAGGAGGUGAAAGCUCUGCUUUCGACAGGGUUAAACCGACCUAGAAAAGGAGCUGACGCCGGAGACCAUCCGCCUAUUACCCCUAUGCAUGCUGCCUCUGAGCUAGAACUGGGGAGCGAUGGCUGGCGCCUGUACGAGUACAUCACUCGGCAUUUCAUCGCAACUAUCAGCCAGGACUGCAAGUACCUGGAGACCACCAUAAACUUCAGCAUUGGCACAGAGUUCUUCUCCUGUAGUGGAAAAACACUCAUAUCACCAGGUUACACCACAGUGAUGCCAUGGCAAGGCAUACCUUUGGAGGAGGCCAUGCCAGUUUGUGAGCGUGGAGAUGCUUUUACCGUGGAAGAGGUCAAGCUCCUCGAAAGACAGACGAGCCCCCCAGACUACCUGACGGAGGCCGAGCUCAUCACGCUCAUGGAGAAGCACGGCAUCGGUACUGAUGCCAGCAUCCCCGUCCACAUUAACAACAUCUGUCAGAGGAACUAUGUCACCAUAGAGAACGGACGCAAGCUGAAGCCCACCAACCUGGGCAUCGUCCUGGUACACGGCUACUACAAGAUAGAUGCGGAGCUGGUGCUGCCCACCAUUCGUAGUGCUGUGGAGAAGCAGCUAAAUCUCAUUGCUCACGGAGAAGCUAACUUCCAGCAGGUUCUGCAGCACGCGCUGGAUAUCUUCAAGAGGAAGUUCCACUACUUUGUAGAUUCCAUCAUGAGCAUGGACGAGCUGAUGGAGGUCUCCUUUUCCCCUAUUGCAUCAACAGGAAAACCACUUUCCCGCUGUGGCAAAUGCCACCGCUUCAUGAAGUACAUCCAGGCCAAGCCCAGCAGGCUCCACUGCUCCCACUGCGACGAGACCUACAGCCUUCCCCAGAACGGAGCCAUCAAGCUGUACAAGGAGCUCCGCUGCCCGCUGGAUGACUUUGAGCUGGUGCUCUGGACCUCCGGGUCCCGGGGGAAGAGCUACCCGCUGUGCCCCUACUGCUACGGGAACCCGCCGUUCAGGGACAUGAAGAAAGGCAUGGGCUGUAACGAGUGCACCCACCCGUCCUGCCAGCACUCCCUCAACUCUCUGGGCAUUUCCCAGUGCGUGGAGUGUGAGGGGGGGGUUCUGGUUCUGGACCCUACCUCCGGACCCAAAUGGAAGAUGGCCUGCAACCAAUGCAACGUGGUGGUGCAUUUCUUCGAACACGCGCACAAAGUCCAGGCCGCCCAGGAGAGCUGCGAGGCGUGCGACGCCGCCCUGGUGGCGGUGGACUUCAACAAGGCGCGCAGCCCGCUCCCCGCCGGCGAGACGCAGCACACGGGCUGCGUGUUCUGCGACCCGGUCUUCCAGGACCUGGUGGAGCUCAAGCACGCCACCAUGAGGCACGCCUCGCACCGGGGCGGGGGCGCCCGGCGGGGGAGGGGCCGGGGGCGGCGCGGAAACCCCAAAAAGCCCAAAGACAAAAUGUCCGCCCUGGCAGCUUACUUUGUGUAG